UUUUCAUGCCACCAGGACUGCAAGAGCUCACGAGGUACUCACACUCCAUCUAUAGCUACAAAAGGUCCCAAUCAAGAUCGUUGCAGCGAGGCGCUUGAGCAGCGAGGAUGUGCUGCAUCUUCUUCACCCUUGGCGGCCACGAUCAUCACCUCAUCCUCGCCUCGAAUAGAGAUGAGUAUCUGCAGCGUCCCACAUCUUCUGCAGCCUUCCACUCCUUCCCCUCUCCCUCCACUUUCGUCUCCUCCUCCGCUCCGGCGGGCACAUCAGCAAUCUCCCCUCAGCUCUCCUCCACGCCCUCCGCCACUCACCCCAUUCUGAGCGGGAUCGAUGCCGACCUCUCUGGCGGCGGUACCUGGCUGGGCGUCCACGUCCUCUCGGGAAGAUGGGCUGCCCUGACCAACUUCACCGAGCCUGCUCCACCUGCCCUCCCGCCGAAGGGCAAGCCGCACGUACUCUCGUAUCGCUCCCGUGGCGGGCUCGUGAGGGAUUGGCUCACAGCAGACGGAGGUACGGAGGAUAUGCAGAAGUACCUUGACCGGCUGGAACAAGAGAGGGACGAGUACGCCGGAUUCAAUCUUCUGAUUGGUCAGCUUCCGACGAUUACAGGGGAGAAGCGAGCUCAGCUUGCGUACGCCACCAAUCGCAAUCACAGCCAGGGUAGCGAGGCAGAGCCGGGGGAGUCGGACAGUCUACCCGGAGAGGUGCGCUUUCUUCUCCAUCCUCAUGAUGAGCACGCUUCUUCGAAAUUGGAAGGCAGCCAAACAGCUUGCCUCAGCUGCGAAGUUCCCUCUGCUAACGACCAUGACGCCAGCGACGGGUCACGAGUCUCCUCUCUGCAACCCAGCAGCCUACAAGCCGCUCCCACCAACACCAAGGUCAACGGUCUAAACUCUGGCACAAGCACAGACACAGACACCACCUCGCUCGGUCUAUCCAACUCUGUCCUCUCUGAGCCCUGGUCCAAGGUCAAGACGGGUCGGGCCGGAUUUGACGAGGCGGUGCAGCGGUACGCUUCUAGUGCUGCUGGAGCUGCUGAAGCUUCAAGCUCACGGCAGCCGGUUGGGCCAGAGUAUCAGCAAGGGGAAGGAAGGAGAGAGGCAGAAGCAGAAGAGGCCUUUAUCGAGUCCCUCUUCCAAGUGCUUGCCACGCCCGGUCUAGACCAAGUGCAAGAGCGAGCAGACCUGCGACGCACCGUCCUGGUCCCUGCAUUCAGCAUGGCGCCUCCAAAGGGCAAAGGUAAGGCGUGGUACGGGACUAGGACCUCGACGAUCCUCCUCGUGAGGAAAAGCGGGGAGGUGACAUUCGUCGAGAGGGAUGUACAUACUAUGGAUGGAGGGCGGGCAAGACUGUUGAGUGAGGAGGAGAGGCGGCACGGGCAGAGGAGGUACGACUUUAAGCUGGGGGCCCUGUAGCCCUGUAGCUUGUGCUAAAAGAUGGAAGGACAGUAUCAUUAAUUUCUAAAGAAGUUUGUCAACAAUGCUUUGACGGGGCAACGAUUCGAAUGUGAACACUCUCUGCGAUCAAAGUCGC